GCUUUUCCAUCAGGAGCCAGGCAGAGGGUCCAUGCAGGCCUGGCCUGCAUCCCAGGGAGCCCCCACCCAGCUCGGUGUUUGGUGGUGCCAUCUGCCCAGAGAGGUCCAGCCCUCCUGGGAACCCUUCUGCAUCACACAAGUUUAAGGAAGUGUGUGACCGUGAAACAAGGCACCAUGAAGAUCGAGCUACUACCUGCCCUGACUGACAACUACAUGUACCUGCUUAUCGAUGAGGAUACCCAGGAGGCUGCCAUUGUGGACCCAGUGCAACCCCAGAAGGUUGUAGAAACAGCGAGGAAGCUUGGCGUUAAGCUGACCACAGUGCUCACAACCCACCACCACUGGGACCAUGCUGGCGGGAAUGAGAAGCUGGUCAAGCUGGAGCCGGGGCUAAAGGUGUAUGGUGGUGAUGACCGAAUCGGGGCCUUGACUCACAAAGUCACCCAUCUGUCUACACUGCAGGUGGGUUCUCUCAACAUCAAAUGCCUGUCAACACCGUGCCAUACUUCAGGACACAUCUGUUACUUUGUGAGCAAGCCUGGUGGUUCAGAGCCCCCUGCUGUGUUCACAGGUGACACCCUGUUUGUGGCUGGCUGUGGGAAGUUCUUCGAAGGGACUGCGGAUGAGAUGUACAAGGCACUGCUCCUGGUCUUGGGUCGGCUCCCUCCAGAGACGAGAGUCUACUGUGGCCACGAGUACACCAUCAACAACCUCAAGUUUGCACGUCACGUGGAACCCAGCAACACUGCCAUUCAGGAGAAACUUGCCUGGGCUAAGGAGAAGUAUGCCAGUGGGGAGCCCACGGUGCCAUCCACACUUGCAGAGGAGUUCACUUACAACCCCUUCAUGCGCGUGAGGGAGAAGUCGGUGCAGCAGCAUGCAGGUGAGGUGGACCCUGUGACCACCAUGCGCGCCAUCCGCAGGGAAAAGGACCAAUUCAAGGUGCCGCGGGACUGAGGGGGCCGCCCCCAAAUCUACCACCUCCAGGCACUUUUAGGGAGUGGGAUCCCCAUACCAAAAAAAAAAGACUGUCCUGCUGGUCAUGCAAGAAAUCCAGUCUUGGUUUAAUUUUAAAUUAAUUUCAGAGCUCUUACCUGUGUAUCAAAUGUUCUAAUGCAUAUUUAUAAGAGAAAAAGUUUAAAUGUAUUUAUUCCCAUAA